AUGGCGCCGCUUGUCGACAACCCGCAGAUCAAGCACGCGAGCCUGCACAAUCCGCUGCCGCUGCAGCUGCACACGUACAUCUGGCCCUUCUUGAUAAUAUGGCCCGCCUGGUCCGCCAUCUACCUGUCGCCCACGCGCUACGAGACGUACAUCCAGUCGUCGGAAUGGACGUUUGUGUGGGUGGCCGGCAUCCUCACCUUCCAAUCGCUGUUCUGGCUCAUGACCAAGUGGAACGUCAACCUCAAGAGCGCCUUCACCACGACUCCCGCCAGCGACGUGCGCAGCGCCAAGCUCAUCAAGGUGCAGCCCAUCGCCAACGCGGGCGCUGCUGAAAUCGUCCCGCUGGUGCGCGACACGGUCGGCGGCAAGCAGACCCUCUCCUUCCUCUUCCAGAAGCGACGUUUCCUCUACGACGCCGAGAAGGGCUCCUUCGCCCCGCUCGCCUACGCCCUCGACACGGACGAGAAGCCGCUCCUCAAGACGUUCCAGCAGACGCAGGGCCUCACCACGCAAGCCGAGAUCGAACGCCUGCAGCAGCACUAUGGCGACAACUCGUUCGACAUUCCCGUCCCGUCCUUCACCGAGCUGUUCCAGGAACAUGCCGUCGCCCCCUUCUUCGUCUUCCAGAUAUUCUGUGUUGGGCUGUGGAUGCUGGACGAGUACUGGUACUACUCGCUCUUCACCCUCUUUAUGCUGGUCAUGUUCGAGAGCACCGUCGUGUGGCAGCGGCAGAGGACCCUGACCGAGUUCCGCGGCAUGAGCAUCAAGCCCUACGAGCUGCUCGUAUACAGGCAGAAGAAGUGGCAGGAGAUUCUGAGCGACAAGCUGCUGCCCGGCGACGUGGUCAGCGCAGGCAGGACCAAGGAGGACUCGGGCGUCGCAUGCGACAUGCUGCUGCUCGAGGGCUCUGCGAUUGUUAACGAGGCUAUGCUUUCGGGCGAGAGUACCCCCGUGCUCAAGGAGUCGGUGCAACUGCGUCCUGGUGACGCGCCCAUCGAGCCCGAGGGUCUGGACAAGAACGCCUUCCUCUGGGGUGGCACCAAGGUCCUGCAGGUUUCGCAUGGCAACGACGCGGAAGACGACAUGGGCACCAUCAGGAGGCUUUCAUCUGGCGUCCCUCCGCCACCGGACAAGGGCGCCAUCGCUGUCGUGGUCAAGACCGGAUUCGAGACCAACCAGGGCAGCCUUGUCAGGACCAUGAUCUACGCCACCGAGCGCGUCUCCGCCAACAACGUCGAGGCGCUUCUCUUCAUUCUCUUCCUUACCGUCUUCGCCGUGGCCGCUUCCUGGUACGUCUGGAAGGAGGGUGUCAAACUCGACCGCCAGCGCAACAAGCUCCUCCUCGACUGCGUCUUGAUUGUCACGAGCGUUGUCCCACCCGAGCUGCCCAUGGAACUCUCCCUCGCUGUGAACACCAGUCUAGCUGCUCUCAGCAAGUACGCCAUCUUCUGUACCGAGCCAUUCCGCAUUCCCUUCGCCGGACAGGUUGACGUAGCCUGCUUCGACAAGACUGGUACUCUGACUGGUGAAGAUUUGGUCGUCGAUGGUAUCGCUGGUCUCUCGCUCGGUCAAAGUGGCGCCAAGGCUAGCACAGAUGGUGCACACACCGAUCUCACCAAGCUCACUGAUGUAGCCACCGAGACCACCCUGGUUCUCGCUACUGCCCACGCUCUCGUCAAGCUUGAUGAGGGCGACAUCGUUGGUGAGCCCAUGGAGAAGGCCACUCUUCAAUCUCUUGGCUGGAAGGUUGGUGUCAAGGACAUGCUCACAGCCGCUACCACCACCGCAAAGUCGCACGCCGAACUCGUCCAAAUCCGCCGCCGUUUCCAAUUCUCAUCUGCUCUCAAGCGCCAAAGUUCCGUUGCUACCGCCAUUGUCAACAGCAAGACUGGAAAGAAGGUCCGAAGCACUUUUGUUGGUGUGAAGGGUGCGCCCGAGACUAUCCGCAAAAUGCUUGUCAACACACCGCCCAAUUACGAAGAGACCUUCAAGCACUUCACCCGAAACGGUGGCCGUGUCCUUGCCCUCGCUUACAAGUUCCUAUCUGAAGACGGCGAGUGGGGCCAGAACCGCAUCAAUGAUCUCAAGCGUGAGCAGGUUGAGUGCGACUUGCACUUUGCUGGCUUCCUGGUUCUUCAAUGCCCGCUCAAGGAUGACGCAAGGGACGCCGUGCGCGCUCUGAACGAAUCUAGCCACCGUGUUGUCAUGAUCACUGGUGACAACCCGUUGACCGCUGUACACGUUGCCAAACAGGUUGAGAUUGUCGACCGCGACUGCUACAUCCUCGACGCUCCCGAGAAUGACGAUUCUGGGGAGAAGCUGGUCUGGCGCUCAGUGGACGACAAGGUCAAUAUCCCCGUCGACCCUGCCAGCCCUCUUGACCCUAAGAUCAUUGAAGACAAGGACAUUUGUGUCACUGGCUACGCUCUCUCCAAGUUCUCUGGCCAGGUUGGCUGGAAACAGAUCCUACGAUACGCCUGGGUAUAUGCUCGUGUCUCACCAAAGCAGAAGGAGGAGAUUCUUCUCGGCCUCAAGGAUAUGGGUUACACUACGCUCAUGUGUGGUGACGGUACCAACGAUGUUGGCGCGCUGAAGCAAGCUCACAUUGGUGUCGCUCUUCUCAACGGUACCCGCGAGGAUCUGGACAAGAUUGGCGAGCACUACCGCAACACCAAGAUGAAGGAGGUUUACCAGAAGCAGUGCGACCUGAUGAAGCGCUUCAACCAACCUCAACCCCCUGUUCCUGUCAUGAUCGCUCACCUCUUCCCACCUGGUCCUACCAACCCUCACUACGAGAAGGCCAUCGAACGCGAGUCCAAGAGGAAGGGCUUUGUCGCUCCCACAAUCGAGAACGGCGCUUCCAAUGGCUCCACAGCUGUCGCAACUCAAGAACCCGAGAAGAACAAGAAUCAGCAGCAAGCCCAGAACAUGAUGGCACAGAUGCAAGAGAAGAUGAUGAUGGGCGAGAUGGACGAUCUCGCCAACGAGCCACCUACAAUCAAGCUUGGUGAUGCCUCUGUUGCUGCGCCAUUCACUUCCAAGCUUGCCAACGUCGUCGCUAUCCCUAACAUCAUUCGACAAGGUCGAUGCACGCUCGUUGCUACGAUUCAGAUGUACAAGAUCUUGGCACUCAAUUGUUUGAUCUCUGCGUACAGUUUGUCAGUCUUGUACCUUGACGGCAUCAAGUUUGGUGAUGGUCAAGUCACGAUCUCGGGUAUGAUGAUGAGCGUCUGCUUCUUGUCCAUCUCCCGCGCCAAGACCGUUGAGACUCUGUCCAAAGAACGUCCCCAGCACAACAUCUUCAACGUCUACAUCAUCGGCUCCGUCCUCGGCCAAUUCGCAGUCCACAUCGCCACCCUCAUCUACGUCUCGCAAUACGUCCAACGCGUCGAGCCCAAGGACCCCAACCCGGACCUCGAGAAAGAAUUCGAGCCCUCCCUCCUCAACUCCGCCAUUUACCUUCUCCAACUCAUCCAGCAAAUCUCCACCUUCGCCAUCAACUACCAAGGCCGCCCCUUCCGCGAAUCCAUCCGAGAGAACAAGGGCAUGUACUGGGGUCUCGUGCUCGUCUCCGGCGUUGCAUUCUCUUGCGCCACGGAAUUCAUCCCCGAACUCAACAACAAGCUCAAGCUCGUGCCUUUUACAUCUGACUUCAAGUGGAUGAUCACGGGUGUCAUGAUUUUGGAUUUUGGCGCGUGCUGGAUUAUCGAGAAGGGCCUCAAGUGGGGCUUCAGAGAUAACAAGCCAAAGGAUAUUGCCCUGCGCAGGCCGGAUCAGAAUGCCCGCGAGGAGGCGAGGAAGAAGGAAGAGGAGAGGAUCGCGCAGGAGAAGAAGAACAAGGAGUUUGAGGAGAAGGCUAAGGCGUUGGGGAUUAAGGUGUAG